UUUUGUUUGAUAGGAUGUGCCCAGUAUGAUGGAGAGCGCACUGCGCAUGUGCGACUCAGAGCCACUGUUUGAGACGGAAGACUGCGGAGUCUAUCUCCACUUACUGCGAACCACAAGAAACACUCAAGAAAAGUGCAGGUGAAAUCAGCAGCAUGUCGGGGUUUCUGGAUGGGAUCAGAUGUGGCGAUUGCGAGUGUAAUGUGGAUUGGGGUGAGAAGAGAAACACCAUCGCCUCCAUCGCAGCCGGAGUUCUGUUUUUCACAGGCUGGUGGAUCAUCAUCGAUGCAGCGAUAAUGUACCCUAAAGAGGAUGAGUUCCACCACGCAUAUCACACCUGUGGGGUUAUAGCGACUAUAGCCUUCCUCAUGAUCAACGCAGUGUCAAAUGGCCAGGUGAGGGGAGACAGCUACAGCGAGGGCUGCUUGGGACAGACUGGUGCCAGAGUUUGGCUCUUCAUCGGGUUCAUGUUGGCGUUCGGGUCUCUCAUCGCCUCUAUGUGGAUUCUGUUUGGUGGUUUUGUUGUGACCGACAAGAAGGAUCUGUCAGUGUAUCCUGGUAUUGCAGUUUUCUUCCAAAAUGCAUUCAUCUUCUUUGGUGGUCUGGUGUUCAAGUUUGGCCGAACUGAGGACCUCUGGCAGUGAAGCUUCGUUUCCUUCAAUCAAAUCCCACAGUCCAUCAACAAACAAUUCCUCUGUACUUAUUGCUGCUUAUUUGCACUCGCUAUUUCUUUCUCUCCUCUUUUCAACCCCUCAGACGACUCCCGGUCUUAAAUAUAUUCCUUCUUCCUUU